CAGCGAGAAGCACGUCGUCUGCCUCGCCAGCAUGUCGGGCGUCGUCCUCCUCUCUCGGCAUGCCCUCGCCCAGGCAGCCCGACACCGGUGCCUGGCGGCCGUGAAGGCAGCGGCAGCGACACAGCACCGACAGAGCAGCUCCUUGGACCGCAUCCCGCCCGGAGAUGAGGCGAGAGCGGCGGUGGGCGGCGGACGUGCGCCCGUCCUGGGGUCAGGUUCGAGAAAUUUCCUGCUGCCCGGGUCGUGGCGCCGAAGGACCUCCCUCCCCCUCAUGCCCAGGAGUGCCUUCGCUUCCGUGGUAUCAAUACGAAGUUAUUGUGCACAGCAAGGUGAUAGCAAUGAGGGAGCGGGAGGAGGUUCCCGACGAGAUGAAGAAGGCACGGGUGAGGCAGCUGAGGGUCCAAUGAUGCACACCCUCCCGGCCACAAUGAUGGUGCCAGACGUUUGGCCAAGGGUGCCUGUCAUAGCCAUCAGCAGGCAUCCUGUGUUCCCCCGUUUCAUUAAGAUAAUUGAGAUAUCAGAUAAAGAACUCAUUGACCUCGUCCGAAGGAAGGUCCGCCUCAAUCAGCCAUACGCAGGAGUCUUCAUGAAGAAAGAUGAGAGUGACGAGCGGGAGGUUGUUGAUAAGCUGACCGACUUGCAUCCAGUGGGGACCUUCGUUCAGAUCCAUGAACUUCAGGACAUGGGAGAAAAGCUGCGCAUGAUUGUUAUGGCUCACCGACGCAUCAACAUCACCUCGGUCCUUCACGAUGAACCCCUAGAAGAGGAGCAGUCGCUGGCUGAAGCAGGAAAAAUGAAUGUGGAGUUGCGACUGCCUCCAUUUACCACCGUCACUGUGCCUCUUGACAACGCCACGCAAGAAAAGGACCAGGAAAAGCAGGAGGACGGUGACAGCGGGAAAUUGCGACGAUUGUUAAGGAGGAAGAGAAGACCAAGUGAAGAGGCUGCUAAGGAACCAGAAGAGGCAGCACCAGAGGCCCCAGCCAGCCCAGCACCAGAGAAAGUUGACGCAGCUACUCAGACACCGGUGCAGCCACCUCGUGUGCUCAUGGUUGAGGUGGAGAACAUCACUCACGACAAAUUCCAGAUAACGGAGGAAGUGAAGGCCCUGACCCAGGAAAUUAUCAAAACUAUUCGAGACAUCAUAGCCCUGAAUCCUCUUUACCGAGAAAGUGUACAGCAGAUGAUACAGCACGGACAGCGUGUUGUAGACAACCCUGUUUACUUGGCUGAUUUGGCUGCCUCACUGACAUCAGCUAACUCUACUGAACUGCAGCAGGUCCUGGAGGAAACUAAGAUCCCUGCAAGGUUGAUGCUGGCUCUGUCAUUGCUCAAGAAGGAAUAUGAAUUAAGCAAACUCCAGGCCUCUAUUGCCAAGGAAGUAGAAGAGAAGGUUCGAUCGCAGCACCGGAAGUACAUGUUGCAAGAGCAGCUGAAGGUCAUCAAGAAGGAGCUUGGCAUAGAGAAAGAAGACAAGGAUGCUAUUGAAGAAAAAUUCAGAGCAAGAUUAAAGGAUAAAGAAGUACCGAAAGCAGUCCAGGAUGUCAUAGAUGAAGAACUCAACAAACUUAGCUUUCUAGACAACCAUUCAUCCGAAUUUAAUGUGACAAGGAACUACCUCGACUGGCUGACAAUGCUGCCAUGGGGCAUCACCUCUAAGGAGAACCUAGAGCUGAAGGAAGCUCACAGUAUCCUUGAUGAGGACCACUAUGGCAUGCAGGAUGUGAAGAAAAGGAUCUUAGAGUUCAUUGCGGUUGCUCAGCUUCGAGGAACCACUCAGGGAAAGAUUCUCUGCUUCUAUGGUCCACCAGGUGUUGGAAAGACGAGCAUUGCACGGUCCAUUGCAAGAGCACUUAAUAGAGAGUACUUCAGGUUCAGUGUUGGUGGCAUGACAGACGUGGCAGAAAUCAAGGGCCAUCGGAGAACAUAUGUGGGGGCCAUGCCGGGAAAGAUGAUACAGUGCCUGAAGAAAACAAAAACGGAAAACCCAGUGGUGUUGAUUGACGAAGUGGACAAGAUUGGUCGCGGUUACCAGGGUGAUCCGUCAGCUGCUCUCUUGGAACUCCUGGACCCUGAGCAGAACGCCAACUUCCUCGACCACUACUUGGAUGUCAGCGUUGAUCUGUCCAAGGUGUUGUUCAUCUGCACAGCCAAUGUUUUGGACACCAUCCCAGAACCCCUGCGAGACAGGAUGGAGAUGAUUGACGUGUCAGGCUACGUAGCAGAGGAGAAGAUGUCUAUUGCCAACAAAUACCUCAUUCCACAAGCACAGAAACUCUGUGGCAUUACUUCUGACAAGCUUACUCUGCACGACACUGCCAUCGAUAGACUCAUCCGCCAGUAUUGCCGUGAGUCUGGAGUUCGUAAUCUUCAAAAGCACAUAGACAGGAUUAUGCGCAGAGCAGCUUACAACAUUGCGUGCGGAGAGGCAGACACUGUAGAAGUGAAUGUUGACAAUUUGGAGUCUUUUGUUGGGAAGCCCAAAUUCAGCCACGACCGCAUGUAUCAGGAAACCCCAGCUGGUGUCGUCAUGGGCUUGGCUUGGACUGCUAUGGGGGGAUCCACUCUUUACAUUGAAACGACUGCCUGGCCGCUGGAUGGAGACAAAGAGGGACGAUUUGAAACCACAGGCCAUCUUGGGGAUGUUAUGAAGGAAUCAACACGCAUUGCAUACACUUAUGCAAAACACUUCCUCUCUGAAAAAUUUCCUGACAACAAAACACUUAUCCAGUCAAAUGUUCACUUACACGUUCCAGAGGGAGCGACACCGAAAGAUGGUCCAAGUGCAGGCGUGACCAUCAUCACUGCCCUCGUCUCCCUGGCACAAGGCAAGCCCGUACGCCAAGACAUUGCUAUGACGGGGGAGGUUUCUCUCACGGGGAAGGUCCUUCCCGUUGGAGGAAUCAAGGAGAAAACAAUUGCAGCUAAACGCGUUGGAGUUAAGUGUGUCAUUAUGCCGGCAGAGAACAAGAAGGAUUUCAGUGACUUGCCGGAGUUCAUAACAGAAGGAUUAGAAGUUCACUUUGCAGACAAUUAUGAAGAUGUAUAUAGAGUUGCUUUUGCUGAGUAAUGUUUUUUUUUAUAUUCAUUUGUGAAUGUAUGGAAUGUGAUGCUGUUCACAGUGUGAUAAACUUGUAGUCUGAUGUUUCUUUUAUCAUGUUUUAUGAUUGUUGAUCAUAAAUUGCAGGGUCGAAUGUUUUGAGUUAAUGUGUUAAGCAAUGGGAAAUGCAGAUAUGAAUUGUUAGCCUUUAUAAAUAUACAUACAAUAGCAUUGUAUAAGAAGGUUUAAAAUAUCCCCUGUUGUUUAUGUGUAUAUACUGUAUAGGAAAUUGAAUUUGUCUGAUUUACAAAGAAAAGAGUUGUCCUGCAACUGUAGCAUAAUCUCAUCAUAUUUAACCCAGGUGAACAUUUGAAACAAAAGAAAGUAAGAAAUUUUCGAAGAAAAAUACAUAAAAACGAGAACACUAAAUGUGACAUAUGCGUCAUAUUUCCCAUUUCUGUGGUAGUAUGGAUGACAAAUGUACAUAUAUAAAUAAACCUCACAAUAUUUC